AAAAAUCUUAUCACGAAACGCAAGAAAGAAGGGCAUUCUUCGAAAAAACCAGUACUGGUACUAGUAAAAAUGAUAUCGUUGUUUUCUGCAACGAAUCCCUUGCUGACAUGGUCACCAUCAUCAAGCCCAACAAGAAUCAGUUACUCUCAGACACAUCGGCGGUGUUGUACCUCUAGAACUACAAAUGCGUUGUCGUUUCCUAUUCCUUUCUCGUUAACUUGUUCCCGUCUUACACAAAAACCAAAUGCUCAUACCACUACUACUCUUCAGGUCCAGGGUUCUUCUUCUGAUUUUAAUAAAGAAGAGCAGGAAGAAGAGUAUAAGGUAUUGACAGCAGUGAAAAGUCAGUACAAUGACAUUCUAAUCGUUGACACUCCUAAAACUAGGAUGCUGCUCCUCGACUCCACUCAUAAUGUUCAUAGCCUUCUUUACAAGGAUGGUCAGAAAUGGACUCGUUCGUAUUGGGAUGAAUUUGCUAGUUUGCCAGCUAUUAUUCCACAAGGCCCCGUUGCAAUAUUUGGCCUGGGUGGCGGUACAGCUGCGCAUUUGAUGCUUGAUGUGUGGCCUUCAUUGCAGCUUGAAGGUUGGGAAAUAGAUGAAAUUUUGAUCAAUAAAGCAAGAGAUUAUUUUGGCCUAUCGGAUCUUGAGAAGCAAACUCAAGCUGGUGGCGUGCUUCAUGUUGUUGUUGGUGAUGCCCUAUGUUCCUUGGAAGAUGAUGGUAGAAAAUAUGCUGGCAUUGUCAUUGACCUGUUCUGUGGGGGGAAGGUUUUGCCACAGUUACAAGAGGUAGCAACUUGGCUGGAAAUGAAGGGUAGAUUGAUACCUGAUGGUCGCCUUAUGGUGAACUGUGGAGGCAUUGAAGAAUCAGAUGCUAUAAAUGAAAGAAAUACUAAAUCAGUUGAUAAUGCUUGGGUUGAAAAUCCAACCAUCAAGGUUUUGUGUGAAGCAUUUCCUGGACAACUAAGCUGGAAGAGAGUUCCAGAGAGUGAAGGUGCAAAUUAUCUUGCAUUGACGGGACCCUUGCCUGAUUUGACCUCAUGGUCUGCUACGGUCCCAGACCAUUUGAGUGCAACUGUUAGCAAAUGGAGGCCUUGCAGCCCUCUUCCGUGAUGGAGAUUUUUUUUCUUAGCAGGGUUAUAUUGCAGCCAAACCAGUUUGUUGAGAAACUAUACAGUCAGAUUUGAAUACCUCUCAAUCAGCCAUUCAAAUGAUAGAUCUUAAGCUAACCACGAGUGUACCAUGAUAUUUUUAAUACAAUUUUUUGCAUUUUUUCCUUCCUUUCAUGUUGUACUUCUCUUCAAUCAACUAUUCUCUUACAGUCAGGAGAUGUAGUCUCAUCGUGUUUCAUAUUGUGGAGCAUCUCUGGAUGGUUUCUUGAGGAGAUAUUAUGCCCAUCAUCUUUUAUAUCAAACACUAGUUGCCAAUAGAUUUCUGAAAUGAUUGUUCUUUGUUGCCAUUGUAUAUCGCAGUUUCAGUGAUGGUACUAAGCUCUUUCCCUUUUCAACUUUAUGUUUUCCUUGAAUAAGAAGUCCUUAUCCACAAGGGAGAAAACUUCUUAUCAGUCCAUGGAUCUUUAAUAGAAGGGCAUAUCUUAUUUUA